AUGUCGACUUCAGCAUAUACACAGUCCAGAGCACAUGUGCUUUCGCUCUCCACGCAAUUGUCCAACGUGUUGGCACGAUACUCUUCGUUUGCUACAGACGUCCACACGACACCAUCAGCAGAAGAAGUGGAAACAAAAAACAAAAUACAGACACUUUUGAGCGACCUUUCUGCGGCAAUCAAUGACAUGUCCCGGAUUCUGGACACGUUGCAGACAGAAUCACUCUCCAGCUCUAAAUUUCAGCAACUUUCUAGACACAAAGACGAGCUCAAGAGACAUCGCCAGGAUUACCAAAGACUUGCCAACCAAAUUGAGCAAGAGCGAAACCGAUUAAACCUCUUGUCAAAUGUCAGAUCGGAUAUAGAUCAGUAUAACGACAAUGCCAACGGAAACAACCCAACUGGAGGGAAUAUAAACUCGGACGAUUACAUGCUUGAUGAGAGACUGCGUAUCGACAGAUCUCAUGGAAUAGUGGACAACUUGAUCAAUCAGGUCAUGGAAACCAGAGACGAAAUGAUGAGGCAAGGAAGCACCCUCUCCAACGUCAGCAACAGGUUAGAAAGAACCUUGAGCACCGUACCGGGAUUGAACACCCUGAUCAACAAAAUAGAUGCAAGACAUCGUAAAGAGGCAAUCAUACUGGUUGUAGUGAUUCUAAUAUGUCUUAUUAUCCUCUGGUUCUCUUUAUAG